AUGGGGAAGUCAGAUUUCCUCAGCCCCAAGGCCAUCUCCAACCGUAUCAAAUCCAAGGGGCUGCAGAAGCUGCGCUGGUACUGCCAGAUGUGCCAGAAGCAGUGCCGUGAUGAGAAUGGCUUCAAGUGUCACUGCAUGUCCCAGUCCCACCAGAGACAGCUGCUGCUGGCUGCUGAGAACCCCCAGCAGUUCAUGGAUUACUUCUCCGAGGAAUUCCGAAGGGAUUUCCUGGAGUUGCUCAGGAGGCAGUUUGGAACAAGGAGAGUGCACAACAAUGUUGUGUACAACGAGUACAUCAGCCAUCGGGAGCACAUCCACAUGAAUGCCACACAGUGGGAGACCCUGACUGACUUCACCAAGUGGCUGGGGAGAGAAGGGCUUUGCAGGGUUGAUGAGACCCCUAAAGGCUGGUACAUCCAGUACAUCGACAGGGACCCAGAGACCAUUCACAGGCAGCAGGAACAAGAGAGGAAGAAGAAGCAGGACCUUGACGAUGAAGAAAAAACUGCUAAAUUAAUUGAACAACAAGUUAGAAGAGGUUUGGAGGGGAAAGAACUGGAAAUGCCAGUCUAUACUGAAUUGAACAGAGAAAACAAAGGAAAAGUUACAUUUAAAUUAAACAAAGGAUCAAGUACUUCAGUUGCAGCAUCUUCUCAAACAAGUGUCCUUGCACUGAAGAUGGUGGAGGGUGCAGUUAAAAGAGCAGGAGCAGCUUAUUGCUCUGGUCAACCCAAAAAGAAAAAGAAGAAAUCUGCACUGGAUGAGAUCAUGGAGCUUGAAGAGGAGAAGAAAAGAACAUCUCGAACAGACUACUGGCUACAGACUGACAUCAUUGUAAGAAUUGUGACAAAAAAGCUCGAAGGCAAGUACCACAGGAAGAAGGCAGUUGUUAAGGAAGUGAUUGACAAAUACACAGCAAUCGUGAAGGUGAUUGACUCUGGGGACAAACUGAAGCUCGAUCAGACACAUCUAGAAACUGUAAUACCAGCACCAGGCAAGAAAGUACUGGUGUUAAACGGUGGGUACAGGGGAAAUGAAGGCAUUUUGGAGUCCAUCAAUGAGAAGAGGUUUUCAGUGACAAUAACCAUCGACUCAGGACCUUUAAAAGGGCGCAGAGUUGAAGAUAUUCAGUAUGAAGAUGUUUCCAAACUUGCCUGA